CAAAUUCCUCUGAUAUUGCAGGAGGUGGUGAAAGUGAGUGUGUUACAAAAGCACAGACUAGAUAAAUUCGCUCACACCACACAGCACAUCACAGGCAGAGUGGAACGUGACGGUCGGAGCUACAACUGAACUGGAGUGCAACUGGUGUCUUUCAGACAGACAGCAUUUUGAAGACUUCAUCAGAUCAGAAACAGCCGACUCUUCCUUUCUGAACCAGUAAACCACCACCAACCAUCACCACCACCACCAUCAUGCUACGCACUCUCCUCCCCCACCACCGUCUGUUCUCCCUGCUGCCUCUGGCCUCACUACUUCUACUGGUGCUGGUGUGCCAGCUCGCCCAGGAGGCCCGCGCCGCCGAACCCGUGCCCAAGAUCCAGCUGCGUCUGGCGGGCGAGAAGCGCAAGCACUACGAGGGCCGCGUGGAGGUCUUCUACAACGGCGAGUGGGGCACGGUGUGCGACGACGACUUCUCGCUGUACGCGGCCCACGUGGCGUGCAGAGAGCUGGGCUACAUGGAGGCGGUGUCCUGGCACCCCUCUGCCAAAUACGGACGAGGAGAAGGCCGCAUCUGGCUUGACAAUGUCCACUGUUCUGGAAGAGAGCACUCCCUGGCAGAGUGUCCCUCCAACGGGCUCGGAGUGUCCGACUGCCGCCACACGGAGGACGUCGGGGUGGUAUGCAGCGCCAAGCGAAUCCCCGGCUUCAAGUUCAUCAGCACCGUUAGCAACCACGUAGAGAGCCUGAAUGUGCAGGUGGAGGAGGUGCGUAUCCGGGCCAUCUUCUCCCAGAGGAAGCGCAUCCCCAUCUCGGAGGGCUUCGUUGAGGUGAAGGAGGGGGGCAAGUGGAGGCAGAUCUGUGACGAGGAGUGGACUGGCAUGAACUCGCGCGUGGUCUGCGGCAUGUACGGCUUCCCCGGAGAGAAGGGAUACAACACCAGGCCCUACAAGUUGCUGGCGGCGCGUCGUAAGAUCAGCUAUUUCGGCUACUCGGUGAACUGCACGGGUAACGAGGACCACCUGACGGGCUGCAGGAUGGGCCGCGCCGUGGCCAAGAAGGGCAACCAGACCUGCCCCACCGGCAUGCCCGCCGUCGUCAGCUGCAUCCCCGGCCGCGCCUUCGCAUCCUCACACUCCGCAGGCUACAGCAAGGCCUACAGGGCAGAGCAACCGCUGGUGCGUCUCAGGGGCGGAGCCAAGAUUGGUGAGGGGCGUGUGGAGGUGCUGAAGAACGGCCAGUGGGGGACGGUAUGUGACGACAACUGGAACCUGGUGGCUGCUUCGGUGGUGUGCAGAGAGCUGGGCUAUGGCAGUGCCAAGGACGCCAUCACCGGGGGCAGAAUGGGCCAAGGCAUGGGCUUUGUCCACAUGAACGAGGUGCAGUGCUCCGGGUUCGAGAAGUCCCUGACGGACUGCCGCUUCAACCAGGAGUCAGUGGACUGCAGCCACGAGGAGGACGCCGGAGUGAAAUGCAACGUCCCCGCCAUGGGCUUCCAGAACCAGUUGCGUCUGGCUGGGGGUCGUAACCCGUUCGAGGGCCGAGUGGAGGUCCUGACCCAUAAGAACGGCUCCAUGGUUUGGGGCACGGUCUGCAGCGAGAACUGGGGCAUCAUGGAGGCCAUGGUGGUCUGCCGACAACUCGGACUUGGAUUCGCCAGCAACGCCUUCCAGGAGACGUGGUACUGGUCGGGUGAUGCCAGCGCUGACGACGUGGUGAUGAGUGGUGUGCGGUGCUCUGGCACGGAGAUGUCCCUGGCACAGUGUCUGCACCACGGCAAACGCCUGCGCUGCGCCAAGGGGGGCGGACGCUUCGCUGCCGGAGUCUCCUGCUCUGAGACGGCCCCUGACCUGGUCCUGAACGCGGCGGUGGUGGAGCAGACCACCUACCUGGAGGACCGUCCCAUGUACGCGCUGCAGUGCGCCCACGAGGAGGAGUGCCUGUCCAGCACGGCCAACGGCGCCGACCCCGCCUCCUACCGACGCCUGCUGCGCUUCUCCUCGCAGAUACACAACAACGGCCACUCCGACUUCCGGCCCAAGAACGGACACCACGCCUGGAUCUGGCACGAGUGCCACAGGCAUUACCACAGCAUGGAGGUCUUCACCCAUUACGACCUGCUGAGCCUGAACGGCACCAAGGUGGCCGAGGGACACAAGGCCAGCUUCUGUCUGGAGGACACCGCCUGUGACGAGGGCAUUGAGAAGAGGUACGUGUGUGCCAACUUUGGAGAGCAGGGCAUCACGGUGGGCUGCUGGGAUACCUACAGGCACGACAUCGACUGCCAGUGGAUAGACGUCACAGACGUCAAGCCAGGAGACUACAUCUUCCAGGUGGUGAUCAACCCAAACUACGAGGUGGCCGAGUCGGACUACACCAACAACAUCAUGAAGUGCCAGUGCCGCUACGACGGACACAGGAUAUGGACAUACAACUGCCAUAUAGGUGGUUCACUUAGCACAGACAUGGAUGAAAGUUAUCCUGGACUAGUGAACAAUCACCUGUCGUGAGAGAGGUAGAGAGAGGAACGACACUAUUUGAACGGCCUGCAUCCAAGAAGACUCAGAGAGAACACUCUAGAAGCCAUUGGAUAUGAUGAAUGAUGAAUGACCAGUGAAAAACGGUAGACAGACACAAAAGGAGCAUUCCCAACCACUAGCGGGACAAUGCUGCAAUCUUUUUUGCAAUGCUGAACAUUGAACAUGGACUUGAGAACACAACUGCAACGACCUUGACCCCUUUUGAAACUAAGGUGCUGUUUCCACGUAGCCGGAGAUUUUUAAAAAUUUUAAAUGUUUUUCUCCUUUUAAGGUGUUAACGCAACAUGUGGAUAAAAAUAAAAAACUCCAUUGUAACAGGUGCAUUUUAGCCCCCUAGAUGGGAUAUAUUUCAAAGCCAGAUUUUUUAUAUGUGGAUUUUAAAACUCUGUUUACGUGUAGACGGAAGGCCAUAGCCAAUGCAUUUUACAAAAUAUCUGCCUAUGUGGAAACAGCACCUAAACCUGGACCUUGCCUAGUAUAGACCUUACCAAAUUGAAGCAGAGUGAUUGUAUGCGUGUGACUGUGUGACUGUGUGUGUUUGUGAGUGAGAGCCAGAUGGUGUGUGAAUGUGAGUUUGUUCAUUUGAAAUGGGUGCUAACUUUAAUGUAGUUUUUUUGCUCCACCUAUUGUGGACGUUUUUAUGCUUUAUGUAAAAAAAAAAGUGGUCAUUCUGACCAGUGUGGUGAUGACACAGAGGUGUAUCUGAGUGGCGAUUUCAGUGGCUCAGACCCAACAAAGACUCAUCCAACUAUCCACGGCCUCUUUUCCACUGCAGUUUUUCUGGUAGGCCUACAGCACCACAAAGCGUGACUUGGCCGCCACUUUUUACUUUUCGAAUAGGCAUGACACAGCUCAAUCGUAAAGGAAAAAGUGGCGGCCUAGUCGCGCUGUGUCGAGCUGUAGGCCUACCAGAAAAACGGCAGUGGAGAAGAGGCACACCAUGGCAACCCAAACACCAUCAAGCACUGGAUCAUCCAUUCCAUACCAUCAACUUUUUUUCCCUUGUUCAUAUUCUUCCAUCCUUUGCCUUUAAAUGAUCAUAUUCAGCCUAAGCACUCUUAUUUUAUCAUCCUUAUGUCAUUUCUUUCACCGCAGUAGCUAGGUUCAGCCUUCAGCCAUCUUUUUAAACUGUUCUGCUGCCAGCAUGCAAGUAACUUAUUGAAACCAGUCAGGGAUUUGGGGUAUUAUUAUUAUUUUUUAUCUCCCUGUGGGGUUCGCAGGAUGUGAAAUCCAACUGUAAUUAUGUUUGUAAGUAGGCACUCUUGUCAGGACACCUAUGAAACUUACUGAGGCCCCCCGUUUUGGAGGGGGUCCCCCCUGCGUGUGACCAGUUGAAUGGUCGCGCCGCUUGACACUUGAUAAAAAAAGAAGUGUUUCACAAAGAGAGUGCCAGUUUCUAAUGCUUGAAUGGGGCAGUCAGUGUCCCAUUGUGCUUCUUGUACUGUUUUUUUUUCUGUAAUAAAAGCGAAAAUGUUUGC